AUGGAUACAAAAAAAGUUGCCAUCAUUGGGCAAAAGCAACCAUGGAAAACUAUACCUAACGAAAUCUCAGGCGCCGGCCCUUCGGGCCUGGUCACGGCCAAAACUCUUCUCCACCAGUACCCCAAGGGCUCCUUUGAACCCAUAAUAUUCGACUCCAAGCCCGUGGUCGGCGGAAUAUGGGCCGUGACCAAGCCAGACGGCAGUACUACUAACUUCAAUCAGCCAUCAGACUUUGUGGAUUGUUAUAUGCGCACGAACCUGAGUCGAUUUUCUGUUUCUUUUUCGGAUCAUUCCUGGAAUUUGCAUGCCAAUAAUGGCGAUGUCAAUGCAGGUCGGGGCGAGGAGGAAGAUAUGUUUCCGCAAGCGUGGAAGGUUGGGGAGUAUCUAAAGAGUUAUUCGGAUAGAUUUUUGCCAAAGGAGACAUUGAGGUUAUCUUGUCGAGUGAUUCGUACGCGACGAGAACAAAAUGUGACGACGAAGAAGUGGACAGUUGAAUGGACUGAUCAAUCCCACUCCGAGCAUCGUUCGGAAUCAUUCGACUAUCUCGUUGUUGCAUCUGGAUAUUUCAGUCGUCCCUAUAUCCCAACUAUCAACGGGUUGGAUCAAUUCCCCCAUGAUAGAAUCAUGCAUACCUCUUCUUUGAGAUCGACAUGCCAAAUACUCAGUAAUCUCGAGGAGGAUGACGGUAAAAUCCUCGUGGUCGGUGGGAGCAUGUCCGGCGCCGAAGCAGCUGCUUCACUUGCCCUGGACUUGUCAUCUCUACCUAGCCAAAAAUCGGUACAUCACAUCACCACCCGCCCCUUCUGGGCGAUACCUACUUAUCUCCCCUCAAACAACCAACCAGGUUCUUUUCUCCCACUCGAUAUAGUCAUGUACGACCUUUCUCGAAGACCGCCUGGUGAUAUUCAACAUACCCUGGGACCCGUCACGAGGGAAAGAGCGAAUAUGGUUCAUGCAUACUUUGAGUCGUUGAUUGGAUCAGAUCAGUCUGAUAUUGCGAAGGGGUUGGCAGUGGGCGCAAAAUCUGAUAGGGAUAGUGCGCCCUGGGUAGCUGUGACUGAUCACUACGCUGGAUUUGUGCGUGCGGGUGCUAUACGUCCGAGAAUUGGGAGGAUGUGUGCUACUCAUUGGACUGAAGGGGGAGCCAAAGGUGUCGUUGAGAUUGAGCAAAAUGACGGGAAGAUACUGACGCUCGACAAUGUCGCCGCUAUCAUAUUCGCGACUGGUUUCACACCAUUUGAGUCUCUAUCUUUCCUGCCAGAAGACGUCCUGCAAACCUUGGAAUAUACCGAAAACGAGACCGUUUUCCCGAUACUACUAGAUGAAAAGAGCGUUCGGAACCCUAAUAUCCCCGACCUGGGCUUUGUGGGUAUGUAUCGCGGUCCGUAUUGGGGUGUCAUGGAAAUGCAAGCACGAAGUCUAGCACGUCAAUGGAGCGGAACCCCCGAACCGAUCACAGCUGAUACUACGAAAGUGAAAACACUCAGGACGGCCUUGUCACUACGCGCCCAAUUCCCAAUGGGCGACUAUGUCGGAUUAAUGGAGACGUUUGCGCGCGAAAUGCAGAUUCCGCGCGAGUCAUUGCAGACGGAUAAUGCGGAGGACAGGAAUGGACCUGUCAUUCCAGCACGAUAUUUUGUGUCUACAAACACGGAUGAAAGCAUUAGUACUAGUAGCAGCGAAAUGAUCGACUCCUUACGGAAUCUUCUUCUGUCGCAGGCAUCACCACACAAGGAACGACAGCGAGGACUCUCAAAAACGAUAUUGAGAGGUCUGCAUGGUUAUUGGAGGUAUGAACGGAGUACGUCGUCUGAGACGAUGCCUAUUACAGGCCAGGCAUCGAUUCAUCUCCGAAAGGUCUCUUUUAGUCAAGAUACUGGCUUCACGACGGAAUUCGUAUACGAAGAAGACAGUGGCAUGACACAAAGUUUGCAUGGGGUUGCUUUUCGAAUUCUUGAAGAUGGAUACAUUCAUACUACGAGACAUGAUACAACCGGUAGACUUGAGUUCAUCUCUGUUGAGAGCAUCGAUGGCGACGCACCAUACCAAUGCCGACAUUUUGCCAGGGAAGUUGGCAAGACAUCUCAGAUUGAUAGGACAUUCAUCUUCAAUCUGCGAGGGGUAAAUAUAACUUCAUGGGAAGCAAUCCUCAAAGACAAACAAACAAAUACGGCCACAAUUACCACGUACAUGAGAGCGAAAUAAAUCUCGAAUUGUUUCAAUUGGAAAUGUCAAAUAUGGUUCACUCCUUGAAGAAAUAGAUUCAUAAUAACAUAUUCAUCAAGGAAAAAGUUUUCGUACGAAGCGAAGUCGGGACCUUUUCUGUCAAAAAAGAAAGAUUGAAUCUGUCAUCUACCAUUUCGUGCUUAUCGCUGCAUAUAUUUUUUAAGUCGUUUCUUUCUGCGGGUGAAUUUUUCGCUGGAGAAUUCGUAUUGUUCAAUAGACCUUCUUCUUCUCGUCGACGCUGAAUUGGCCGGGGCCCAUGUUGACGAGGAGAAGGAGACCACCA